CUUUAAACAUAACAGCGAAGCAGCAAGUUACAAAUUAGUUUAUCAAAUUCUAAAAAUUAGCACGGCAAUGUUUGGAUUCGGCUGCAUAUAUAAGGAACUCGCCAAACUUAAUUUUCUUUCAGUACUUUCUAAAACGCUAAGCGCUGAGUUAGGUGGUGUAUAUUUUUAUUAGUCAUAAUGAACGGAGAAAAGUCGGAAAAUAAAAUCGACAUUGAAGUGCUGGAAAAACGCUUGUACAGUGAAGGAGUAUUAAAUUAUGACUUGAGUGACGAGGAAGUCGAAAGGAGUCCUAUACGCAACUAUUUCAAGAGGAAAACUAUAUUCCUUACUGGCGGCACAGGAUUCCUUGGACAACUACUAAUGGAAAAGUUGUUAAGAUGUGAAGUGGAAAUGGUUUACUUUUUAGCUCGACCUAAGAAAAACAAAACCGCACAUGAGAGACUCAAUGAUCUGUUUGAUCAAACUCAAUUCGCUAAGCUACGUAGAGAAUAUCCCAACUACCGACAGCAUGUCAGCAUCAUUGAAGGCGACAUGUCUCUCAUUGACUUGGGCAUAAAGGAUUCCGAUCGACAGCUACUCGCGGAAACGGUUGAGAUUGUUUUGCAUGCCGCCGCUGAAGUGCGCUUUAAUGACAGCCUUCACAAACUGGCAACCACAAAUUUACGCGGCACACGCCAAAUGCUGAAAUUGGCAGAGAAUUUCAAAAAAUUGCAGGUCUUCCACUAUGUUUCAACCGCCUUUAGCAACUGCAAGCCAAAUUGCAAAGUGAUCAAAGAGGAAUUCUACGAGCCACCACUUGAACCAAAUACACUCAUCGCUUAUGCCGAAAAGUGCAUUAAUACUCCCGAGGAUUUGGAUAUUUUCGAUACGAUAACAAAUCGUUUGAUUGGCGAAUGGCCCAAUACUUACACAUUUUCGAAAUGUCUUUCGGAGGAAUUGGUGAGGCGUAGGGCUGAAAAAUUUCCCACAUGCGUUUCGCGCCCCAGCAUAGUGAUUUCGACCAAUCGUGAACCCAUAGCGGGUUGGAUAAAUAAUGUUUAUGGUAUCACAGGUUCGGUUUUUGCUUUGGCUGCUGGCCUAUCGCGUCUCCUGCCCAUUGACAAAGAUAAACACUUGGACCUAAUCUGUGCCGAUUUUACAAUCAAUGCCAUAUUAGCAGCCACUUGGGCAAUGCAUCAGGAUGUUGAGGACCAUAGAAAGGUUCAAUUGUCGGAGGGAGAAGAAAUUGCGCCUACAGAGGCAACGUUAGCAAAAGUAUCACCCACCCCACCGAGUCCCAAAAUAUACGCUUUGGUAUCUUCGACAUACACACCAGCGGGGCUUGUAACAACAGAGACUGUAUCGCAUUACCUAACAAACCCGUUGCAACGCCACUUAUGGGUAGUGUGUCCAAAUAUAACUGGCAAUCUGUUGUUAUUCAAGUAUCUUAGUAUAUACUAUCAUCUGAUAGGCACUUUAGCCAUUGAUUUCGGUUUAAAAAUAGUAGGUCGAAAGGAACGCAUCUUACCUUGGGUGCGCAAAACGCAACUAUUUCUGAAUGUAAUCGCCUACUUCACGCAGUACGAUUGGAAAUUUGAUUAUGAAAAUAUGCGCGACGUCUGGAAGCGAAUGGAUCCUGUGGAUCAAAAGUUAUUUCUCUGCGAUACGCGUCUAUUCGACUACAAGAAAUGGUGUUUCACCUAUAUGCAGGGCAUGAAGCACUUUAUUUGUAAUGAUCCGCUUGAAAAUCCUAAAACAGCGGUGACCCGUUAUAAUCGCAUAAGUUGGGUGCAUUUAAUAUUCAAGUACCUUUUUUACAUUUCCCAGCUGCUUUUGGCAUAUGCGGUGGUAAAGGGUCUAAAACUAGAUGAAGCAUUCGUUAAAUUAAUAAGCAUUAAAUUUGGUUUAGGCAAAGGAACCGCUUUUGCCUAG